AUGGCCCGCUGGCCGCCACUGCUGCCCCUCUAUGUGUGUGAUGGGUGCAGCCAUGAGUUUGCUCGACGGCCGUCCCUUCUCAGUGAUAACAUGGACCCCUUCCGAUCCAGUGCGCGAGGGGGUCCGUCGCUGUCAUCACUGACGGGGUCGUCACUGGACCCAGUGGACGCGGCUCUCUCACAGCCCGCCCUCUCAGCGCACCCCAUGCGUGCACCCACGCCCCUCGAUGCCGCCGCCGCUGGCGUCUCAGGCACAGGCGUUGCCGCCGCCACUCGCUCUGUGGAGCGCUACAUGUCGUACCUCUCUGGCGCCUCCUCCCGCUGCCCUGCCGCCUAUGCGCCGCCCUCAGCCCUCGCCAUUCCGUCUGUUGCUGCACCCUCGGGGAACGCGCUCAGUCCAACGAGUGAGCCCGAGGGCAACAUGCGGCGCCACCGCAGCAGGCGCAGGGCCAUGCAGGAGGACAGGCUGGGCCACCUCGCAGGCAGAACGCACAUGCAGCACUCACGGUCGGCCAACGCGUGUGAGCGCGGCUUCAUGAGUGGUGGCGAGGGGGGUCCAGGGCGGUACGAGCGCAUGUCCAUGCUGAGCGGCGCUGUGAGCGAGUCCGAGGGCGCGGUUGCCAUGACCACACGCGCUGCCGCCUACCUCAUGCGCCACACACCCCCCUCUGGCAGCGUUGAAACCAGUCCUGAGGCAGCGCAGGCAUAUUGGUCAAGGUCGGACAAGAGGAUGGGGUCGGCAGCUGCAGCAGCCGUGGCAGCUGUGAGCUCGGGCUACGACUCGCCCACGCCGCCCUCCUCUGCUGCCACACUCGCUGCAGGAGCAGGGGGGAUGGGUGCAAUGGGGGGAAUGCAGGCAGCGGCAAUGGGAGGACCAGUGCCGCCAGGCGCAGGAAGGUCGGAUGGCAGCAUGUCAGACCAUUCGUUCAUGUCAGCGCGAACCAGGGCGUCCCUGGCGCCCAUGCACAGACGCUCCUUCGACAACUCCUCCUCCCACAGUCAAUACCGGCGCAACACUGUGGGGUCAGAUGUUGAGGACUCCAGGCAACUCCCGCCCAGCUCAAUAUUGGGCGGGGAUGCAGCAGCAUCAAGUUCGUCCACAAUGGGUGCAGGCGCCCCGCCAGGGGGGCUGGCCCCCACGCCCCCUGUGGGCCCCUUUGAGCCGGCUCCCCCUCUCGUGCGCCGCCGCACCUACUCUGCUGCGGACGGCUCGGCAGAGGUCUCAGCGGCAGGCAUGGAGCAGAAUCGCACGUUCCUGCCCACACCGCCCCCACGCAGAGGAGUGGGAGAACCAUCUGCUCCACGGGGGAGGCGGCGCACGACAGCACCGGAGGUCAGCGAUGAGGUCGCCAAGAAGGUGCGGGAGUACAACGAGGCGAUUCGCAGGGACAGGAGGGCGUUGAGAGUGGAGACAGCAACAGCAGCAGCGGGGGAGCAGCAGCUCACGGCUGAUGGCAGCGACCUCUCCACUGCUCCCUCGCCGCUCCCCCCCACCUCCUCCACCUCCGUCUCAGCCGCGCUCUUCUCCUCUGUCCUGCGUGUGUGUCCCACGUGCCACCAGCACUGGCCGCUCACCACAGCACAGCUCUCCCCUGCCGUCCCCGCCACUGCUGCCACCACCCCCUCCACCGCCACCACCCCCGCUGCCACCUCCGCCACCGCUGCUCCACCUGCUGCUGCUGCUCCCUCACUCUCUCGUGACUCCAGUGGUGGGGGGCCGGGGCAGCUGGGAGGAGAAGAGCAGCGUGCAGGGGAGGGUGGGGGAGAGGAAGCGGGGGGAGUGAGGGCAGACGAGGGGGACGCUGGGGGCACAGGCGAGGGUUCUAGGGCUGGCGGGGAGGGCAGUGGGGAGGGUGGCGGGGAGGGCGGAAACAUGGGGGAGGGGCAAGGAAGAGAAGAGGCAGGGAGAGUGGAUGGGGAGGAAAGGAGGUGCAGAGGGGAGGGAAAAGAGGGUGGUGUGGAAGAUGAAAGUGGUGUGGAAAACGGUGGCGAAGGGAAAGGUGGGAAGGAAGUAGGUCGAGAGGAGAGAUGUGGCGAGGAAAGAAGUGGGGAGGAGAAGGGUGAAGAGGGGAGGGCGGGAGAGGAGGGAGCAACAGCGCAGCAAGGUCAGGACGCAGAGGGUUCUCAGAAACAAGGAGCAGAGGGGAAGGAGGUAGGAGAUGGGGAGCAGUCAGGGACAGCAACAGACGCAGCAGGUGAAGGUGCAGGUGUGGGUGCGGGUGAGAGCGGUGGGGAUGUGCAGCGGCAGCGGGCGGGCAUGAGCCAUAGGUCACAACCAUCCCUGGGCAACGCCAGUGGCAGCUCAGGCUACGUCAGCCCUCUCCAGUCCGCCUCCCCUCGCCCACAGCACCCCGCCUCGCCACCGCCACCCGCCUCCUCCCACCCGGCCUCUCUGCGGCGCCCCACGCCCCCCGGUGCUUCAGCCCCGGGCAGUGGAGCGCUGUCGUCUGCACCGGGGAGUCAGCGCCAGGCCGUGCCCGCUGCUGCUGCUGCGCUGCCUGCUGCUCCCGCGGCACUGGUGCCAGCGCCACCCGUGGCAGCACAGGCUGUGCUGGGCAGCGAGCAGUGGACCAUUGACUUCAACGAGCUGCGCCUGGGCAUCCGAGUGGGCAUUGGGUCGUUCGGGGAGGUGUUCAGAGCGGUGUGGAGGGGAACGGAGGUGGCGGUGAAGCGGCUGUUGGUGCAGGACGACCCAUCACCGGAGGAGUACGAGGACUUCUACAACGAGGUCUCGCUGCUCAGUCGUCUGCGCCACCCCAAUGUGCUGCUAUUUAUGGGGGCGUGUGUGCAGGCGCCGCAGGUGUGCAUGGUGACGGAGUACAUGCACAUGGGGUCGCUCUACCGCAUCAUCCACUCGCGCGAGCCCGGCCAGGGCGGCGAGUCCCUCAGCUGGAAGCGCCGCUACAAGAUGCUCCGGGAUAUCUGCAGGGGCAUGCUAUGCGUGCAGCGCAUGAGCAUAGUGCACCGGGACCUCAAGUCAGCCAACUGCCUGGUGGACAAGCACUGGUGCGUCAAGAUCUGUGACUUUGGCCUCUCUCGCCUCGCCCCCGACGGCCACGUGGUGGGCCGCACGGCGGCCGGCACGCCCGAGUGGAUGGCGCCGGAGCUGCUGCGCAACGAGCGCUGCUCCUUCAAGUGCGACGUGUUCAGCAUGGGCGUUAUCAUGUGGGAGCUCGUCACGCUGCGCCGCCCCUGGGAGGACGUCCAGAACCCGCUUGAGGUGGCAUACGCGGUGGCGCAUCGCAAUGCGCGCCUGCCUGUACCAGACGGCAUGCUGGGGCAGCUCAUAGCAGACUGCUGGGAGGACGACCCAGAGAGGCGGCCCAAUUUUGAGCAGAUUCUAGAGAGGCUGCACGAGUGCGAGUACCUUGAUGUGUGA